GUAUCCAUAGUGUAUCCGCGUUGUAAUUUGGUGGGUAAAGCGUCAGAGUUUACGUCAUCUCAAAUUCAGUUAAAGACCCAUAUUAUCUUUCUAUAUAUUUAAUAAUCCGUGUAAUAAUAUUCAUUACGAGUUGCUUUGAUUAUCUCAUCAUAGUCUACUAAAUAGGAGUGAUUGUACGUAUGCACAAAAAAACACUCAUUUAUAAUGAACAGAUUAAAGUUGGUGAAAAAGUUUUUAAUGCCAUGUGGACUUUGCGCUGCAGUGCCAGUAAUUAGAUCUCAAUCUCUUCAAGAUUAUCCAGAAUCUUGCAAUCAUAAGAAAGAAAAUAUGAUUCGUCCAUCCGAACUUCCUAUUUAUCCAUUAGAAGAUGUUUACUCCAAAGAUAUUCCAUGUUCAAAUGUUUAUCCAUCUGCCUUGGAGCAACAAUUUGGAACGAUUAGAAGAUCUCUGCAGGGCAUUAUGUUGCAAUGGCAUACCAUAUCGGAUACCAUUUCAUCUAAGAUCAAUACUGGACUGGAGCAUAGUCAAUUUUUAGUAGAAUAUCUUCAAGAAGAAGAUAAUACUAUGCCACGAUUUGGUGCUAUCGGAAUCGGUGGACUGACAGGUUUAAUAUUUGGACUUAGAGGAGGUAUUAUCAAGAAAUUUGUCUAUUCCAGUACGGGUGCUCUUACCGUUGGAGCCAUUUGUUAUCCUAAGAAAGCUCAGGAAAGUUUUGAAUAUGCCAAACAUUAUGCUAAUGUUAGUUAUAACUUUAUUUACGGUGUGAAGCCAGGAGAUGGCGAGCAAGCAUUGCCAGAUAUUAAACUGCCAGAUAUGUCGACGUUUAAAAUACCUAAUACUUUUUCGGAAUUCAUUGAAUUGAGCGCUAAUAUGGGUCAGAGUAUUUCCAGCAUGGCUGGUUCUUUAAGCGAAAAAAUAUGGGAAUUUACAACCGAUAAGAAAGAGGUGACGAAAUCCUCAACAAACUCUGAAAACAAUAAAAAAGUCGAUUGAAAAGACAUCAUCGGAUUAUUUAAAUCGUAGUUGUCCGUCAAAAUAUAUGGUAUUAACAAAAAUUUAGGUAAUACUAAUAGAGUGGCAAGAAGAAAAAUAAAUGUUAUUUCAAAAGUUUCUUAAA